CAAUCCUUUGCGCAUGCGCCAAGUUGACAGCCAAGUGUACUCUCCCAAAGCCAGCUGAUAUCAUCCUCGCAGCAACGGUUUGCGUUAUUGUUUUGUUUCUGGUAGAAUAUUUUUAUUUUGUGGUAUAGGUAUAUUUAUCUCUCCUGGGACAUGCAUAGUUAGCAAACCUAUUUAUACAAGCAUGGAGGCUGCUGUUAAACGCCUCACUAGCCUGUUGUCUUAGUUAGCAAGCUAGGUGAAGUUAGUAGCAUUGAAUGUCAUCAACGCUAGCUAGCUAACUAGCUAAGGGGAUUCUCACAAGCUGGCCUCGGAAAACUUCACCGUCAGCCAUGGGGAUACUUUUUACAAAGCUAUGGAGGCUUUUCAAUCACCAAGAACACAAAGUCAUCAUUGUGGGUCUAGACAAUGCAGGCAAGACGACAAUUCUUUACCAGUUUUCAAUGAAUGAAGUGGUGCACACCUCUCCCACCAUUGGGAGUAACGUGGAGGAGAUCGUGGUCAACAACACACAUUUUCUGAUGUGGGACAUCGGGGGCCAGGAGUCCCUGAGGUCAUCGUGGAAUACUUACUACACAAACACAGAGUUUGUAAUUGUGGUGGUGGACAGCACCGACCGAGAACGAAUCUCUGUGACCAAAGAUGAACUCUACAGAAUGCUAGCACAUGAAGACUUAAGAAAGGCAGGUCUGUUGAUAUUUGCCAACAAACAGGAUGUGAAAGGCUGCAUGUCUGUGGCUGAGAUCUCUCAGAGCCUCCAGCUUACCUCAGUCAAAGACCACCAGUGGCACAUCCAGGCCUGCUGUGCCCUCACUGGGGAGGGGUUGUGUCAGGGUCUAGAGUGGAUGAUGUCACGGCUCCGUGUGAGAUGAUGACCCUCACGUCUUCAAAAGUGCGCCCUUCCUGUUUUCUUUCUGCCUCGAGACACGAAGACCUGGGUGAGAUCAGAUGAUAGAUGGCCCUCUACUCUCCAUCGUUUCUUGUGGAGCUGACUCCCGCGGACCACUGGCAGGAUGUUGUAUUGUCCUGUAAUAAUUUAUUUUACAAAAAAGACAUUUUAUUCAGAACAAAGACUUUUCUGUGGAACAAUGAACAACAGAGAUGCUCAAAUAAUUUAAAGUGAAAUUUCUGCACGGUUUUCCUUUCAGCAAAACACGGAGGUCCUUGAAGCGUCUGACCUGGAGCUGUACAUGGACUUUGUUUUCCAGCUGUGUGUUCUUGCCCCAUGUGGCCUUGCAGUAUUGUUGGACUGGGUGUGGUGGUUUUUCAAGCCCCCUCUCUGUACAGUCCAGUAUUCUCCUGAAACUUAGUGCCUGCAGCAGAAUGUGGAAUUAAUGAUGGUAAAGGUGACUGAAAUAUGCUUGAGAGAGGGUGAAAUCUCACAAAACCUUCUUCCCUUCAGUCUCUGUGAAUAAUCACUGAAAUAAAGUGGUUUUUAUCUGUU